AUGGCAUUACACAAACAGCAUUUUCCAAAUAUGCCUGUUACAGAGACCAAUCCUAUUGACUGUGGAGGAUUCCUAAGUGGUUACUUGGUGAGAAUUAUACUGAGCCCUAAUCCUACGUCACCAAAGGAAACAGGAACUGAAUCAGACCUAAAGACACCAGUACCAGAAAUCUCUAUCAUGGUGCAGACAUUGCUUCAGCAAAUGCAGGACAAAUUUCAAACCAUGUCUGACCAAAUAAUUGGAAGAAUUGAUGACAUGAGCUGUCGCAUAGACGACCUGGAGAAGAACAUAGCAGACCUCAUGACGCAGGCGGGGGUGGAAGAAUUGGAAGGCGAGAACAAGACCCCUGCUGCUAACAAGAGUUAAAGUUGCCAGUAACUUAAGAUGAAUCCUGGAAGACUUCUCAUUUUUUUUCCUACAAAUCCUUGGAAUUACAGAACAGCUUUUUGCAACUACUGUGUGUAAAAGCAUUUUUAUAUUGUUACAGAGCUUGCAUUCCUAAUGUAUAUUGUAUAGUUAGGGAUAGGUUAGUUUAUAUUUUGAUUUGUGUACUGUAAUUUCACUUUUUGAAUUCUUGUUACGAGGAUCAAUUAGUUGUGUUAUUAAAACACAGAUCUUAUGGAUCUCAA